GAGUCUUAAAAGCCCUGGAUAAGAGUUGCAACCCAUCUCCAAGUUUCUCUUGAGCUCUGGGCCCAAGGCUUUAAGUCCCGGCAGGAGAUCUAGCCUCGACAGGUUGGAGCCAUCAGAGGGGAGAAAGGCCCUGAGCCUCUGAGAAAGGCCUCAGGGGCUGGCAUUGUGAUGACCUCAUCCAUUCUAUGACAUCACCCUCUCUCCCAGCCCCCCUCCUCCCUGAUCAACUGCUCUGCAAACAACCAUCAAUCUGAAUCCCAAAGGCCUGAGAACGUCUGUUCUCCAGUACCUGCUGCUGAUCUUCUGCCUCAGCCAGCCAGAAGCACCAUGAAAUUGGAAUUCACGGAGAAAAACUACAACAGCUUUGUGCUGCAGAACCUGAACAAACAGAGGAAACGCAAAGAGUACUGGGACAUGGCCCUGACUGUGGACCACCAUGUCUUCUUUGCACAUCGCAACGUGCUGGCUGCUGUCUCCCCACUGGUGAAGAGCCUCAUCUCCAGCAAUGACAUGAAGACCACCGAUGAGCUCUUCAUCACCAUUGACCCCAACUACCUGAGUCCGGCCACGGUGGACCAGCUCCUGGACUACUUCUACAGUGGCAAGGUGGUGAUCUCGGAGCAGAACGUGGAGGAGCUCCUUCGCGGGGCCCAGUAUUUCAACACGCCACGCCUUAGAAUCCACUGUAACGACUUCCUGAUUAAGUCCAUCCGCCGUGCAAACUGCUUGCGUUACCUCUUCUUGGCUGAGUUGUUUGAGCUCAAAGAGGUGUCAGACUUGGCCUAUUCUGGCAUUCGUGACAACUUCCACUACUGGGCCAGUCCCGAGGGCUGUAUGCACUUCAUGCGCUGUCCCCCUGUCAUCUUUGGCCGCCUGCUCCGAGAUGAAAACCUGCAUGUGCUCAAUGAGGACCAGGCUCUCAGUGCCCUCAUCAAUUGGGUGUACUUCCGGAAGGAUGAGCGGGAGAAGUAUUUCAAGAAGUUCUUCAACUACAUCAAUCUGAAUGCUGUCUCCAACAAGACACUGAUGUUUGCCAGCAACAAGCUGAUGGGCAUGGAGAACAGCUCAGCCCAUGCGACCCUGAUCGAGAGUGUCCUCGUGGACCGAAAGCAGGAGAGGCCGUCCAGCUUGCUGAGUUACCAGCGGAAAGGUGCCCUGCUUGACUCAGUGGUCAUCCUGGGCGGCCAGAAGGCCCAUGGUAAGUUCAAUGAUGGAGUGUUUGCCUAUAUCAUCCAGGAGAACCUGUGGUUGAAGCUGUCAGAGAUGCCCUAUCGGGCGGCAGCCCUUAGUGCCACCUCUGCUGGCCGCUACAUCUACAUCUCUGGUGGGACCACUGAGCAGAUUUCAGGGCUGAAGACAGCUUGGCGGUACGACAUGGAUGACAACUCCUGGACCAAGUUGCCGGACCUGCCAAUUGGGCUCGUCUUCCACACCAUGGUGACCUGCGGGGGGACAGUGUACUCAGUGGGUGGGAGCAUUGCCCCAAGGCGGUAUGUCUCCAACAUCUAUCGCUAUGAUGAGCGCAAGGAGGCCUGGUGCCUGGCAGGGAAGAUGAGCAUCCCUAUGGAUGGCACAGCUGUGAUCACCAAGGGGGACCGGAACCUGUACAUUGUCACGGGCCGCUGCUUGGUGAAGGGCUAUAUUUCACGGGUCGGAGUGGUGGACUGCUUUGACACCAACACUGGGGAUGUGGUCCAGUGUAUCACCUUCCCCAUUGAGUUCAACCACAGGCCCCUGCUCUCUUUCCAACAGGACAAUAUCCUCUGUGUACACAGCCACCGGCAGAGCGUCGAAAUCAACCUGCAGAAGAUAAAGGCUAACAAGACGACCACCUCGGUGCCUCUCUUGCCCAACAACUGCCCCUUGGAUGUGUCCCAUGCUAUCUGCUCCAUUGGAGACAACAGAGUGUUUGUGUGUGGGGGUGUCACCACAGCCAGUGACGUCCAGACAAAGGAUUAUACCAUCAACCCAAAUGCCUACUUGUUGGACCAAAAGACAGGCGAAUGGAAGACCCUGGCUCCCCCACCGGAGGCACUGGACUGUCCUGCCUGCUGUCUAGCCAAGCUACCUUGCAAGAUUCUUCAAAGGAUUUAAACAACUUUUUAAGUGGGAGAAUAAGUAAAUGCAUUAUUAUUCACAAUUUAAUGAGAGAGAGAGGAAGAUGGCCUGUUGGUUCCUUC